CUUGUCACCUACUCCUUUUAAGUUCCCAAUCUUGCUUUCUAUUGCUUUCUCGUGCUUUUUAGCGAGAGAAAAGAGGGAUUUAGAGAGAAGCCACUUGGAAAAAAAAGAGCUUUGAUCUUUGCUUUGCUUGUGUUUUGUGGCAAUGGAGAAGCACAAAUGCAAGCUCUGUGCUCGAACUUUCUCUAAUGGCAGAGCUUUAGGAGGUCACAUGAAAGGUCACUUAGCCACCCAUCCACUGCCCCCCAAGACGACCCAGCACCAACUCGGUGACCGUGUUGAGUCAGCUUCUUCUUCAUCUGCUUCAUCAGGUGAAGAGCAAGAACUACAAGAAGAGAAAAGCAGAGAAGUAGUUGAAGAGAAAUCUUUGGUUUACGGGUUAAGAGAGAAUCCCAGGAAGAGUUUCAGGUUUGCAGAUCCUGAAUUCUCCUUUGCAGUAGAUUCUGGGUCCGUUGUCCAAGAUAGAGAAAGUGAGACUGAGUCAAGAAACCCAACUCGGAGACGAUCCAAGAGAAACCGGAAGGUGGGUACUAAUAUAACAACAGACGAAAUCAAGGAACCAAAGUUGUUGAGAAAACCCAGUUUGGUCGAGUCACCGACCGAGCCAGAACCGGUGAGUUCUGUUUCUGAUACUUCUCCUGAAGAAGAUGUUGCUAUGUGUCUUAUGAUGCUUUCAAGAGAUGUUUGGAAAACAAAGAAUGCAGAACAAAAUUCAGUUGAGUUGUUGGAAGAAUCAAAAGAGAUCGAGUUGAACAACAAGAGUGAGUUAAGCAAGAAGAUUCGUGGGAAGUAUCGAUGCGGGAAUUGCAAGAAAGUAUUUCGAUCUUAUGAUACAUUGGAUGAACAUAAAAGAGUUUGCUGUGAAACCAAAAAUGCAGGUAAAGUUGCUGCUGCUGCUGUUGUUGCUGCUAACGACAAGACAUUUCAGUGUCCAUUUUGUUACAGAGUGUUUGGGUCAGGACAGGCGCUCGGCGGUCACAAGAGAUCUCAUUUGCUUGCUGCUGCUUCCUCAUCAAAUGCUGCUGCUGCAAAUUCUACUAAAUUUGACAACAAGUUGAUAGAUCUAAACCUGCCUGCUCCAUCCGAAGAUGAUGAGUUUAGUGUGGUAUCAGAUGCAUAAAUUGAAUGAUGGGGCUAUCGAGCAGUUAUGGGAAUUCACGUGGAUCUGAUGCUAUACAUUCAAUUUGCUAUGCAUUGUUUCAAACUUGAUUUUUUUACUGUAGUUGCUAAUAUUUCUUCAUUCAUAGAUGAAUCAUGAAUGUUUUUGUAACUUUUCUCUUUUGGUAUUCUUUCUAUUCUUCAUUGUUGCUGACCCACAAUUCAUUUCUUGAAUUCUCCGCAAGUGUUUUGUCUCCAACACUUGUUAACUGUUAUUGCUAAAACUUACAAGCUGAAAAUUGUUACAAGCUUCAUUCAAUCUAGCUAGCACUGAAACUGAAACUCUAAACUCUCCUACCACUAGUGUUUUUUCCUCCCUUCAAGUACAAUUUUCACUUCUUUCAAGAUUUUGUCGUGGUAUUAGUGGCAUUACUGUUUGUUGAAACAGUUGAUUAACUGAAGCAGCCAUUGUCGCGUUGAGGUAUCAGAUAGCAAUGACUUGGAUCAAGUUUCACUUCAAGUGUACCCCAUGUCAGAGAAACGAAAAAAAAAUGAAAGCAGUUUUUCUGGGGUUUGGUUGCUUGUGGACCAAGCACUGGUCUCUGCAAGUACCAAAGUGUUCAAUUCUGUUAGCAUGUCCUGUUUCUUGUUUUCCAGCUGUUCUGUA